UUAAAAAUUCAAUUCAUCUAAAUGUAAAAAUGAUAUGUAAUCGUAGUAUUUGUGAGAAACGUCACCUUAAUUUCGCAGCUGCUGCUGAAGAAAUAAUCAGUUCCAAUGAAGAAUUCGUAAAUUAUGUAAGACACCUCAAGUGCCGAGUUACUAAUUUAGUACGAAAACAAAUAAAAAAGAAUAUUUCAAAUUCACAAAACAUGGAUAAUUCUAAUUCUGAUGAUUUUUCUGAACUGAGUCGUGAUAAUUCAAGAGAAAUUUUAUCACCUGAGAAAAAAAAUGAAAAAAUUCAAUUUGAUAAAACAGAUAAUAAAAAGAAAGCAGGUAAAAAAUCACGUUCAAAAACUCCUCCAAAACGUCCUAUUACUCCAAAAAGUUCUUCGCACAAAAGUCAUAAACCUUCACAACGUACAGCUGAUGGACAAGAUCUAUCAGAUUCAGGAUUAGGCACUUCGAGAUUUGAACCAGACAAUACUGAAUUAGUAUUAGACCAUUCAACACCACGUUCAAGCACACAAAUUUCUUUCCAUGAUUUAUCAAAUAAUGUAACACUUCCUGAACAAAUAACUAGAGUUCGACGAACACCAGACGUUUCUCCAAUACGUCCAUUGUCUGCGAGAAAACGUGAUAUUCUUGAUAAAUUUGUAGAUAAAGCAUCAUCUGCGGUUACUCCGACAGAUACAAUAUCUGAAAUACGAAGUACAUGGACACAAAGAAGCGCUACUUUGGCUAAUCAUGUCAGAAGUCGUUUUUAUGAACGUAUGCACAUCUUUGUAAGAGCUCUAAUUGUUGGAGUUCUUCUAUGGAUGGCUUUAAUUUACGGAGCUCUUCUUGGCGCGUCACUUUGUAAUUACGGUAGAUUUUCCAUUUUCCCGGGAUCGUCAUUACAAAAACCUCGUAUGGUUUUUUAUUAGUCUAUUCAUUUUUGUAAUACAAAAUAAUUAUUGUAAUACAAAUUUUUUACUCUCACGAUUGCAAUACAUUAGUAACAUAAUUGCACAACUUGAGACUUCCAAUAAAACAUUAGAUCUUAUACGAUUCAAUUAUAAAUUAUUUUUAUUUCAUUGCAAUAUUAUGCUUUAGUAAAAAAAUGUACACCUUAUAAAAUUGUUUAUUCUUUUUUCAAUAUUUUAAGAUUGAAAAUCUCAAGUUUAAAAGGAAAAUCGACAUAAAAUAACUAAAAAAUUUACUUCAAGACUUGACACAAAAUAUAUUAAACUUGGAAUAAUACACGGUACGUGUUUAGUACAAGUAAAUGCGACAUCAGAAAGACAUUUCUCAUCUCUAAUGUCACAUUAUAUUUUAAUGUUUAUGACAGAAUGGGUAUCAAAUUCGUUGCAAUGGCAUUUACCAUUUUUCGAUCGUUACUUUAUAUCGUUUUUUGUAUUUACGAAUAUUUUUUUUUAUGAUUCGUAAAAGAAUAAGGAUCGUCAAAUAUGAAAUUUCACGGCUUGUGCGUGUUGUUGAUCUUCUUCUUCUUCUUGUUCUUUAUCUUAUGAUAUGUUUUUUUUACUUUUUUUUGUUUUAUUACACGCAACUCUCUGGACCAGGUAUAGAGUUUGCGAUUAUUAUUUCUUU